GUCUCUACGAGAACUGUGUAAAGUUUUCUAUACCAUCUCGCGGCUCCUACGUUUGUUGUACAAGAACUCUCGUAGCAGGAGCAUCGGUUGGGAGUAACAAGCACCAUCCAACAAUAAACUCAAACUGUUUAUUAUUUCUUUUACCGGUUGCUCUCUCGCACGAAAAAAACACACCCGUAGAAGUACUUUUUACUGCUAGCUGUGCUUUGAUCAGCAGUCUUGUACUUACUUCGAACUAACCCUUCGUAGCCGUAUAAUUACCGAAGACGGCAAUCGAAAUAAACCAUGUCCGACGAGGCUGCAGCCAUGUUGUUCAGUACCUCUACUAUUUGCCAAGAGAACUCCUACGACCCCGAUGCACCAGCUGCGGGGGAUCAUGCGUUUUCUCGUCGACGUGAACCACGGGAAGAAGAAGUAGAAGUCGUCCCCGUUCGCCGGUCGUCGCGUCGUGGUUCUGCGAAAACAAGAGUUGCCACGGGGGCUCUGCUGGCACUGUCGUGUAGUUCUUGUACCAGUCUGGGUGCUUUACUAUACUUGCCCGGGGGAGCAGAAGCGGCAGCGGCGGCUGCAGCAGCAGCGACGGCCGCGGGUAGUGGUUCAGCGGAUGGUCGUCAUGACAGACAAAGAAUGUACAUAAACAGCCGGAAACAAGC